AUGCCGAUGAACUGGAACGCCGAUACUGAUGCCAAACUCCUAGUGGGAAUCCUCAUGCAGCUCCGCUCCGCCGGCGUCAAGGUGAAUACCUACGAACUGGCGGUGUUCAUGGGACCUGAAUGUACGCCCAGUGCCAUCGAAAACCGCAUCGUCCGCCUCCGCCGUCAGGUCGAAGGUCUGCCUGAGACCCCCGAGGCCGGACGCACCCCUCAGAAGACGAAGCGCAAGGACGCCCAUUCGGAGCCCAAGACACCCACGAAGAAGGGGAAGGCUACAGAUCUCAUGCAAGACUCUGAGUGGCCUGAGGUGUCUGUUGAAGUGCCUGUCGUCAAGAUGGAGGUGAAGAAAGAGGUCAAGCAGGAACCAGGCCAUAACGGGGAUGCUGCGGUGCCGGAGGACUUUAAGCUGGAGGAAGUGGUCACCUUUGUUGAUGUUGAGUGA